AUGAUUCGACAAACAGAAUUGUUGCUUGUUUUUGCCCUAACACUUCUGGGGCCUGUUCAUGCUAUCACAGGCCCUCCAACCCUGUUCGCUAAUUCAGCUGGCCAAGGAGAUUGCACACUGAUCGGGCGUCCUCACUUCAGUCAAGGUAUCCAAAAUACUACCUCUCGAAAUGUCUCCAUUGUCACACCUGUUGUAGCCAAUGCUGCCAGACCAGAAAUCCCUGUGAAUUUUGGGAAGGUAAUGCCUACAGGCUUCCCGCGACUAGAGCCCAAUAAUAUGAAGGGCCAACAAAUUGUGCAAGCCAGUGAAUUCAAGGAGGUCAGAGCAGGCACUCCAGAACCAGAGCCCGCAUCGGGUGGCCCCAGAGUUCCCAGACUUUCCAAAAUCAAAGCCGGAGGAGACGAAGACACGGUACUAAAGAAGCCACCAUCCCGUCGUCAACCUGGGCGCAAGGACCAGUACCCGAACCCGGAUUGGUUUCCGCUGAAGCCAGAAAAACAGAAGCCCCCACAGCCCAUCCGCCGUGGACCUGACAAUGCAGCUGCGGAUACCCUAUAUGUCAAAGAUUUGUCUCCAGAUCCCAACCGAAGUUCACUGUUAUUUGAUCCGGGCCCUGUAGUAGUCAAUGUCCAUUCCCCACCAACUCCACCGGAAAAGGGAACUGUAAAUCGGGCAUUUCCACAAAAUGGACCUAUAUCCAGGAUUAUGAGGCUCCAGGAUCGCAAUAUAGCAGCAAAAGAGCGCAACACUAAAGGCUCAUCGACCCAAGAUCAGAAGUCUACCGCACCUUCAAAUUCUCUAUCCAAGCUCCUGCCGCAUGUGGGGAAUGGAAACGAAUACACUACCUCCACAGGUCAAUUUCAGAGUCAUGGGUUUCUCAUUACAUCAAAUCCCAGCCAAGGACCAGCAGUAGAUUCCAAUCAGCGGGAUAAACGGAAAAUGGGUUUUACAUUAUACUAG